AUGUCUUAUGAGACUCUGUCCACUGAUCUCCAGAGUUGCAUGCUGUAUUUGGGCACAUUUCCAAAGUCCUACAAGAUUAGCAGGAAACGUUUGACCAGGAGAUGGCUAGCAGAAGGACUGUUGGGUGCACAAGCUGGGUAUACCGCGGAGGAAAUUGCAGAGAAAUACUUCAGCUACCUCCUCCAAAGGAAUAUCAUACGACCUACAGAUCACUGCACAGAUGGGACGGUGAAGACAUGCCAAGUCCAUGACAUGAUCCAUGAGUUCAUUGUGCGCAAGUCAAACGAGGAGUCUUUCAUCAACGUGGUCGGUGGCCACUGGCUCAUGCCAAAGGUGAUAAGCAAGGUCCGCAGGCUGUCCGUCCACGCCACUGAUCAUGUACAAGAAGAAAUUGAGGACAUGAACUUAUCUCGUGUCCGAUCCCUGGCCGUCUUUGGUACCUCCCACAAAUUCCCUUUCCAUUUCUUCAAGUUUCGAAUUGUUCAGGUGCUGGAUCUUGAAGGUUGUCGGGGACUGAAGAAGCACCACAUGAAGCGUGUGUCUGAGAUGAUUCUGUUGAAAUACUUGAGCCUGCGGAAGACGGACAUCGACAGGUUUCCCUCCAAGAUCGGCAGGCUCACCUACCUGGAGACUCUUGACAUCAGAGAGACCAAUGUCUCGGUGCUGCCAAAAUCCAUCACCGGCCUACAACUACUGUGCAAACUGAUUGGCGGGAAUAAAAAGACGAGGAAGUCGCUGAAGCUACCAAAGGAGAUGGCAACCAGGCCGAUGGUCACCUUACGCAUACUGUCAGGAAUACAGAUUGUUGAAGGACCGCAUGCUCUGACAGAUCUUCAUAACUACACCGCACUAAGGAAGCUUCUGAUUUACAAGCUAAAUCUGCAAAAGGACAAUUUGGCCUUCCAAGAUUUGAUGUCCUCCAUCGAGUACCUUGGCAGCGGUCAUCUCCAGCCUCUGGAAAUUGACGAUGAAUCCUCUGAGUUCAUCAAUUCACUGGACUCUAUGGCAACCCCUCCCAGGCAUCUCACUUCUCUGCAGCUGUAUGGGAAGUUGCUUAAAGUUCCAGAGUGGGUCACCUACCUGGAAGAUCUUGUUAAGCUAACGAUUUCUGUGACAGUUCUCAGGACAGAUACUUUCAAGCUCCUUGCGUCAAUGCAAAAACUGUUUUGCGUUACCUUCUCAUUCAGUGCUGAAAAGCAGGAUUCAUAUAUUGAGGACAUUAUCAAGGAGAAUAAACAGAACUCUGGGGGUAGCAUCUUGGUUCCAGGCGGAGAAUACAAGAGCCUCAAGCUUCUUCGCUUCACUUCACCUCAUCUGCCAUCGCUAACCUUCUCAGAAGGGGCAAUGCCCGAGCUCCAAAGGAUUGACCUGCAGUUCACAAAGCUGGAAGGCCUGAGGAAUAUGGACAACCUUGCAAGUCUCCUAGAGGUGCAUCUGACCAUGAAUACACAAGCAGAUGAAGCUACCAGGGAGAUAGUGAGAGGUCUAUCAAUGGCAGCUACGGGGGGUAGUGCCAAGAAAUUAAAAGUUAUCGUCGAUGCUAGGUGA